AAUGAGACUGGAGAACAAAACGUUUUGAUCUCUGGAGCUUUGAUCUUAAACAGAAGCCAGCCCAAACGUAUCAAUUUACUACAUUUCUGUAAAAGCUGGAAUAUAAUGGAAACCUUAGAUUCACGCGAACCAAAAGAGAUGUCAGGAGAAAAGGGAGCACUGGAUUGCUGGGAUUUUCAGGUGAACCCGCUAUUCCUUGAGGAAAUCAUCAGUCCCUGUCUGAAUGGUAUUUCAUACGAAGACUGGAUGUCUUUGGAUACCAAUGACAGUGGAUCAGAAGUUGUCGUUCUGCUGUCGGACAUGUGCGGUGUGGUUAUAAGUACUGUUAGCAACUUGAUCCUGGAGAUUGUAGAGCCUCUGAUUUUUACCUCGGGCCACGAUCUUUCAUGUGGCGAUGAUGUAACUGUGCAGGGUGUGUGCAGUAAUUUCAAAGUGAUGGAGGAGAAUAUCGAGGCCUGCUUUGGAAACAGCCUUAAUCAGUAUUUUGUUGAAGCCCUGGACAUAGCAGAGGGAAGCUGCAACACCUUGGAUGAAUUAGUGAGACUGUUUUCAGCAGAGGUUACUAAAAAAGUAAACUCAUCACUGGCUCAAGUCACAGGGUCAACUCUUUCCCUGAACACAUGUGACUCGCUGAGAGCAGCAUCCACUUUACAAAUGGUCGAUACCACAGGAAAACUGUUUAAAGACAUGUUGGAAGGCUUUAAAAUAAUGGAUGAGUCAUGUGACGAGCUGGCAUGCCCGCCCUGUAACUCCCAGGAGCGUUGGUGUUUUGACUCUGAGGAUGCUGAAAACGUUGAGGAGGACAGCACAGAAAUCUCAGGAUUCAGUUUCUCUUUUUCAGAGAUGCCAGAAAUCCUGAAUAAUUUCCAUGUUUCUCCAGUGCCAGGGUAUUUUUAUGACCCUGACACUGAACCAGAAGCAAUUUUAGACAACGAUCCUUUUUUAUUAGAUCCUCCUAACAACAAGAUCUUUCUCACUGUGAUUCUUGCAAAGUUAGCUGACCACAUUGCUUCUGAAACCGGAACAUCCUUAGAAGACAUGGAUCUCACAAGCUUAGUGGAAAAUGUAGAAUUUUGUACUUGCGGCAUGCUGGAUCUUGCUCCCCUAAGAAUUGCUGGCAAUCUGCACAUCUCCAUUUACAAAAGUCUGUGCCAGAAAUUUAAAUCCAAAUACAUGCUGCUGGCUGCCAUGGUAGCAGUUGAUGAGGGAUUUGAUUUAGCUGUUGCAGUGACUUUAUUAUCACAGCUCGAAAAUACAGCACCUCUAAGAAUAUAUGGGAUAUAUGGAACACUUUCAAACCCGGGAACCUUUCUGCUGUGAUUGAGAGUCAAACACCAGAACCUCACAGAGAAGAAAGCAGCGAACAAACAAGGCCCUCACCUCCAAAAAGAUCACUGUGCAGCACCCUCAGGAAGAAGUUUUCACGCUGGGCUUCUAAUGUUGUGAAUUUUUUUAAGAGGUCUGGACAGUAAAAUUCACAGACUUGACUUUACAGUCAACUUUACAGGCCUCUGAUGAGUCAUUGUUACUUUCAUUUAUCAUCACAUAUAUGGGAAUAUGUCUGUUUUUAUUGUUCACUUAUGUUAUUUGUACUGUCACUAUUCUUACUUUUAUUACUUAUGCUGAGAUUGUUUUUGUAUUCUAUAUGGCCUUCAUACUGGUGCAUGGAGUCAUUAUUCUCAUGUUUUAGGUACCAGGCACCACUUUUAUGGCCUGUGCAAAGUAAGACACACACACCAGCGUAUAGAGUGCUUUAUGUUCUCUGGGUCACUGGGGUGAGGGUGAGACCUGUUAGAUCUUGGGUGUGCGUUUGAGGCUUUUGGAGAGUUGCCAGAGGGAGCGCUGCUCCUCAUGACACCUGUAACACUAUGUUAUACUACAGCAGUGUUUUAUGAUGGGUACAUUCCUCAAAUGGAGUUCUGUAGGCCCCCCACCCUCGUGCUCUUCUGUAUUUAAGACCUCAGAAGUGAGGUCAAGAUGCGAGGCUAUCAUUCCUCUGCUAUUUCUUUUCAUGUUACAUCCUCUUCAGCUCUGCUAUUAAAGGACUACAGGUCAUACAAAGAAACUUCAGCUGCCACAACUCAGCUUGGAUACAUGUCUGUCAUAAUAUGCCAAGACUUUUGCACAGUAGCGUAUAAAGAUAAUUUAUCAUUUCUCCAGGUGUCCAACUCAAACUUACAGUUCACCUGUUCGUCUGAAGUUGGGCCUUCUUAUUGAGGGUCAUGUGGAACCAGGAGCCUUUUUCCUCAGUCUUAGAGCUGUCAGUCUGUUCAGGACAGCUUGGUAUGAUCUUGAACACCUCGAUCUGCACCAGUUUCUUUAUUGGUACCUGAUCAGUCCAGUCUCCUGCAGCCCCGGUGUUGUUGUUCAGGCUCCUGUUACAAUGAAACUGAGAAAUCUUUAUUAGUUAAAUCUUUACUCUUCUCCCUCCUUUGAGACAUAAACUCUGUUUUGUCUCACUAAAUUACCUUAGUUUAUCUAAUUUAUCUAAAG